AUGAAACAACCUUUCACAACCAUGGUAUCUCCUCCAACUUCAACAACACACUGCAGUGAAUUUCCGAAAUCAAGAUUGGGCCACAUCAAACACUCAACAACAAUGGUUGAUCAAUGUCAACACAACAAGACGAUCCAAUCAUCCCACAGUCAAGGCAGGGAUGGUGAUCAUCAUCAUAGGCUAUUCAAAAUCAACAAAAACGAAAAAAAUGAUGUUGGAAACCGUUCCGAGCAGCAAUCUUCCAAGAAAGAGACCUUGUUGAUAGAGUUGCCUUCAUCAUUUACAACCACUUCAACAACAUUGAGUCUUACAGAACAAACAAAGAUUAAUUUAUCUUGUGAUGGAGAUCAAUUCAGUGAUGAUAAUAUUAGCGACAGAAGAACACAUUUUGCUUGUUCAUCACCUCCGAGAGAUUUUAUUUCUUCAUCACCGAAUGAUGAAGAAAUGGAGGAUGAAUUUCCGAAGAAAUCACACACCUCAAUCACCAAAGAACACGUGGAAAAGGAACAACUUUCACUUCACCCAAAGAAGAAUGCAAAAUCUGGUAGCACCAAUGAGCCACCACCUUCUUCUCACAUCCAAGAAUUAGAUUUAAAACGAACACUCAAAGACUCUAAAUUAUUUCAAUCAUGUCCAACAAAUAUGAUACGUAAAAACACGCCACCAACCACAUCGACUCUCACUCAAAUGAUCAAACAAACACAUUCACUGGGAAACAUGCAGACCAUGAACAAAGACUUAACUGGAGAAUUACAUCACACGUUGAAUGCUUCAUCCUCCACUCCCACCUUUGAAAAAUUGGACCAAGAAAAAACCAACACGCCAUGCACCAAUGUUGCUUUUCAACAAGAAUCCUUCAAAUUUGAUUUACCAAGUGAAACGAGAAAAGCAUUUCUUGAAAAUAAUCAUAUUUGGAUGGAAAUUCUUUCCUUCCUGGAAGAAUAUGACGUUUUAUGGGGAAUCAGACUAACAUGUAAUUUAUUAUGUAGAUAUAGUUGUGAAUAUGAAAGAAACUUUAAAACCUCAUUCGUGAUGAAGCAUGAUAUUUCAAAUAGAGAAGAGCUUAAACGAUUUACCACUCACAACCUGGUAAAAUUGCCCAACUUAAAAAGAGUCAUAAUUUCAGAUGUGUAUUCAGCAGCUAUUACCUAUGACGAUAUUCUAAAUUGUUGCUUGAGAGAAUUAUUUGAGAGUGAUAUAAAACUUGAGGAAAUUCAAAUUGACAAGCAUGUCGACUUGCGAUUAUUUGAGCUUAUGAACCAAGCGAAAUGCAUCAAUAAGCUCAAAUCAUUGACCGCGAAAAGUCUAACAAAAUUCAACGUUACUCCAAAUAUUGCAGAAAGUAACAAAUUCAGAAAAGCAUUGACGCAUUAUCUAUCUUUCUGUACGUCACUGGAAUCUUUAAAUUUAACCUACAUCUCAAUUAUUGAAGACGACAUUAUGCCCAUAUUUUUGGAUUUAUGCUCGUCACAAUCAGGUAAAUCCUUAAUGUGGACUCCAAGGCAAUUGAAAGAGUUUUCGUUUGUUGUUUCCACAAUUUCAGCUGAAACCAUGCAAUUAAUUGUGCGUUGCUGCCCCAAUUUACAGAGAUUAAAGAUCGUAUGCACACUUACACACCACCAUGUCAGCCCUGGAAGCGUGACAAGUAGUGCACAUAUUCCCUCUUAUGUUUCCUCACAGAGGACAAGUGACAAUACGAAAGAAAUACAUGCUCUGGAAUAUAUUUCAAGUUUACACAAAUUGAAGCAUCUCGAACUCGUGAAUCCAAUUCUCACUAACAAGACCUUGAACACUUGGCGACAGGAAGAAAAUUUUACAAGUAAUUUACAAAUUUUAAGAUUAAGAGGCAAUCCCUUUCUUGAAUUACACAGAUAUGCUGUGAUUAAUGGAGAUGUAUUCACUGGAAAGCUACUUCCUCAUGGUGUCUCUAAAGAGCAAAGUGAAUUGAUUGACCGCCAUCAGAGAGAAAAUACUUGCUCAUUUGAAGAGAUGGAGCUAUUUGUCAGAAGAUUGCACAAUCUACGUGAAAUUGAACUAGAUUUAUCUGUACUGCUUUCUAAUUUGGAUAUAGGGUCACCUUCUACGAAAUUGAAUUUGUCCUUUCUAGGAGAUGAUCUUUUAUUUCCUCACCUUAAGAAGUUGAGUAUUGCAGGAUUUACUUCAACCAUGAAACAUGUUUUGCCGUUAACAAGAAGGUGGGUUCAUUCCGCACUUCCUCAACAACACCCCUCGUCUUCGUUUAGUACUGUCAGUCCAAAGAAGUGCUCCCCACCUCCACCACAUCUUGAACCAUAUUCAGCUACGAAGAUCUUGUACUUGCAAGGUCAAAUGCUUAGCCAACAACAAAUAGAAAACCUAUCGAAAAUGCACAAUUUGGAACAAUUGAAACUUAGUUUAUCUAUUUUCAAUGCAACCAUUAGAUUUCCAUUCCAAAACCUUACAAGCUUGUGUAUUUAUUUCCAAGAGUUCACAUAUAUGAAUUUAUCAAGUUUAUUGGAGCAAGCUUUAGAACCAUUAGUCAAGUUGAAACAAUUAGUGAUUGGAUCAAUCUCGCUACACCCUCAUAUCCGUACGUCUACACAUACCACAAGGUCUAUACAGAAUUUUAAUACUAAUUAUUUGGAAGAGCUUGUAAAGGCAGUUCGUAUACGGAGUGACACAUUAGAAACAUUGGAAAUUGAAAAUCAACAACUCACAGAGAUUGAAGUGGAGCACUUGAAAUUUUUUAAAAAGUUGAAAGUAUUGAAGAUUCCCUAUGACUUGAAUGGUUUAUAUUUACUUGGGCUCAUUAAGGAAUUACCCAAACUACGAUGUAUCAUCAUCCAAUGUUGUUGUUCAUUUUUGCAAAAUGAGUCGCUGGUGAAUGAUUUUCAUGUCAAAAUGAAGAGAGAAAAAGAAGUGGUGAUAAAGUCAGCUCCUCAUGUCAAACUGACGUUUGAGGAAAUUAAAUUAGAAUGA